AUGUACCCAAUUUUUUCGGCCAUUCACGUGUUAACGUCACGAGAUUUGUGCCGCCCUCGUUUGGCUUGUUUACGUUUCAAAACGUCAAAAUUUCGAGCUUCAGCUCCCCUCAGUUUGACCUUAACAGACACAACGGCUUUGCCCCCUUGCCAAGAGGCGCGACCGCACAGUUGCGCUUGCAAAAACGCCAGAAACAUGCCUAUUCAAGCCAAAAUCGGUCCGUCUAUACUAAAUGCCGACUUGGCCAAUUUGGCAGCGGAGUCCCAGAAAUUGCUGGACAAUGGUGCGGAUUACUUACAUCUGGACGUUAUGGACGGCACUUUUGUGCCAAAUCUCACGUUCGGCCAUCCCAUGGUGAAGUGUUUGCGUAAUAAUAUCAAGAAGGCGUUUUUUGAGACGCACAUGAUGGUUCAGAAUCCAGAGCAAUGGAUAGCUCCAAUGGCAGAUGCAGGCGUUAACCUCUAUACGUUUCACGUGGAACCUGUUGAGGAUGUGUGCAAGGUUACUCGACUGAUACAGGAGGCCGGCAUGAAGGUGGGCCUGGCCAUUAAGCCGGGCACCAAGGUGCAGGAAAUUGAGAAGUAUAUUGACAUAGCGGAUCUUGUGCUGGUUAUGACAGUGGAGCCAGGCUUUGGUGGCCAAUCCUUUAUGGCCGACAUGAUGCCCAAAGUGGAAUGGCUGCGCACCAACUAUCCCAAUCUGGAUAUCGAAGUGGAUGGCGGUGUCGGGCCCAAAACCAUCGAUUGUUGUGCCAAGGCUGGCGCCAAUUGGAUUGUAUCCGGCACAGCCGUAGUCGGUGCCGCCGAUCAGCGCCAGGUCAUUGGCGACAUGCGCGAUGUGGUGAAGCGUUACCUGAAAUAAGCUUAAAUGCAUAUUCAAUAGAAUUUAUUACUUAAGUCCAAAGUGUUUGCUGACCAAAAUUUCCCGUUCAAACCCCAUUUUUUAUACAAUUUAUAUAAAGAAUAAUGUAAAGACAA